AUGACGCGCCCCACGCUGGCGAUCGUGGUGUCGCUCCUGGCCUCCGCAGCGGCACUAGCAGCGGGCGCGGUACCUGCGUACAGCGUCCGCGCGCUGGGCGGCGCGAGUGACAUUCUAGGCGUGUCAGGCCUCUUCUAUGAUCCGACCGAUGAGAUCGGCGGCGUCGCUCGCCCGCCGCCGCUCGUCGUCAUGUGGGGCGGGUUUGCUCAGCCCGCGUCGGCCACGCACGGCUAUGCGCAUGUGUUUGCGUCCAGCGGCCUGGCAGUUCUCGCCCUGGAUGACGCCUUGGCAGCAGAACCCAGCGGUGGCGGGCACAAAGCGCCGACCCUGAGCCGCGCCAGCCGGCGCCGCGCCGAGGCCGAGGCGGUGCGGCGCCUGGCAGGGGAGGGGGCCGUCGACGCUGCGCGCGUGGCGUACUGGGGCGUCGAGCACGGGGCGGCGGCUGCGCUGGAGGCGGCGCUGGCGGCGCCAGAGGGGCAGGCACAGAUCAUCGUUUUGCAGACCCCGUGGCUGGGCGCCGCGCGUGCCCACGCGUGGCGCCACCUGACGGCACGCGGCUGGGCGCACGCGGCCAAAGCGCUCGCGGUGGCCACCGCGGACGCGGCCGCGGCGCUGCUGGGCCUGCCGGCUGUCGCGGCCGUGCCAUUGGCCGGCCCGGCCGGGUCCGGGGCCCUGCUGGAGCUCCCGCCAGCCGAGCUGGCCGCGCACAGGGCCGCGGCCGCCGCGCGCCUGUCGACUCUGGAAGCCCGUGCAGCAAAGGAUGCUGCAGCCGCCCUGCCCGCCGGCAGCGUCCGCGCCGCGGCGCUGCUCGAGCUGUUGUUUACAGGCGACCCCGUGCGGCGCCUGCUGCCAGAGCUCCCCACCCACCUCGCAUUCUACGCGGCGACCGGCGACGAGGACGCGAGCGGGGCUGAUUACACGCGGACGUCGAAGCUGGGGCGGUACGUCAGCUUCCACGCGGUGCGCGCGGGGCGGUACGGCCUCCUGGCAGCAGGGCUCGGCGUCGCGGGCAGCGAACGUGCAGGCGGACGGGGCGGCGGCGGCGGCGCGGGCGGCGGCGGCCAGCCAGUGGCGAGCCCGGACAGGGAGGCGUUUGAGGACGCGGUGUUGGACCAGGCCCUGAUGUUGGCGGCGCUGCUGGGCCGCCGCGACGACGGCGACGCAGGGGGGCCUGUGGAGCCGGACGGCGAGCGGGACGCUGCGGCUCCGCCCCUGAGCGGGGCGGGCGAGGGCGGGGCGGAGCCGCCGGGCGGCCAGGCGGCGGCGGGACAGGUCGAGGAGGCGGCGCCGGAGGCGGCGGCGGCGGGCGCGGGCGAGGACGCGCCGGAGCUGGUGGCGGGGCCGCCGGGCGCUUGCCAAACGGACGAUACAGGCGGGUCGUGCCCCAACCAGGAGGCCUCGGAAGCGCGUGGCACAAUCCAGUUUCACUUGCAAGUGGUUUCGAGGCGCGUGCAGCUCGCCUUGCAGUCACUCUGA